AGGAGGAGGUGGAGAAGGAAGCAAAGAGACAGAAUGUAAGAGGGAGGUAGAGAAGGGAGGAAGGAGUUAGAGAAGGAGGGAGGUGGAGAAGGAAGCAAGGAGGAAGAGAAGAAAACAAGGUGUCUGGGAAGUAAAGGAAACAAGGAGGUGGAAACGUAAAGGAAAGAAGGAGGUGGAAAAGGAUACAAGUAGGUAGAGAAUGAAACAAGGAUUUAGAGAAGGAGAGGAGGAGGUGGAUAAGGAAGCAAUGAGACAAAGAAGGAAAGAGAGAUGUAGAGAAGGAAAGAAGGAGGUAAAGAAGCAGAGAAGGAUUUAGUGAAGGAAAGAGGGAGGUGGAGAAGGAAACAAGGUAGAGAAGGGAGGAAGGAGGUGGAGAAGGAAGCAAGGAGGUAGAAAAGGAAACAAGAAAGUAGAGAAGAAAACAAGGUGUCUGGGAAGUCAAGGAAACAAUGAGGUGGAAACGCAAAGGAAAGAAGGAGGUGGAAAAGGAUACAAGUAGUUAGAGAAGGAAACAAGGAUUUAGAGAAGGAGAGGAGGUGGAGAAGGAAGCAAGGAGACAAAGAAGGAAAGAGGGAGGUGGAGAAGGAAGCAAGGAGGUAGAGAAAAAAACAAGGAUUUAGAGAGGAGGAGGUGGAGAAGGAAGCAAGGAGACAAAGCAGGAAAGAGGGAUGUAGAGAAGCAAAGAAGGAUUUUAGUGAAGGAGAGGAGGAGGUGGAGAAGGAGGCAAGGAGUUAGUGAAGAAAACAAAGAAGUAGAGAAUGUAGGAAGGAGGUAGUGAAGGAAGGAGCGAGGUGGAGAAGGAAGCAAGGAGGCAGAGAAGGAAAGAAGGAGGUGAAGUUUUAUUCCUUUCAGGUGCAAUGAUUUCAACAUGAAAACAAUAAUUUGUGUGUUUUCUAUAAUCAAUAUAUUGAUGUUUUCCCGUCUGCAGCAGGCGGCGAUGCUGUGACAUCACACGGCCGAGGCGUCCAAUGACAGCGCUGGGAUCAUGGAUGCGUGUGGGACACCACACAGGGCGGACCAAUGAGGACGAAGGACAGCCAUGACGGACGGGGACGGGGCGGGGCGACAGAGCAGGGGUGCAGGAGAGGGGACAGGGGGCAGGCGGUGGUGAGACAGGCGGGGAUGGGUGAGACGGGGGGCGUGUCCCCGCUGCCUGUCUUCCUGUUCCCCUCUGAGCUGGUGUUCUACUGUGAACAGAGGAGCUCCCACAGGAGAGUGCUGACCCUGUACAACCCCUACAGCUUCAGCCUCAGCUUCAAGAUGUUGUGCACAGCUCCCUCUCUGUACAGGGUGGUGGAGGCAGAGGGGAGUGUCCGAGCUAAAUCCUGUGUGGACCUGGUGGUGCGUCACCUGGAUGUCUCCCCCGGCAACUGGGGCCGCAGGGACCGGUUCCGUCUGGAGGUGAGGGGAGGAGGUCAGGUGGGAGGACGGGAGAUCUGGGCCGAGCUGAGAGGAGGAGGAGGAGAGGAAAAGGGAGGAGGAGUAGAGGAAGAGGAAGAGAGGAGGAGAAGGAAACAACGAGGGGAGGAGAGGAGGACAGGAGGCCAGCAGAGGGCGCUGUCUGCUCUGUCUCCUCUGCUGGUGCCCACACACACACACCUGCAGCUGCCCACCUGCACAGGUGUGCGCAGUCUGUCUCAGUGGGUGGUGUGUGUGGUGGUGGGGGUGCUGUGUGUCGCAGUGUUGAUGCUCCCCCUCCACACUGAGAGCAGCUCCGUGGUUCCACUCUGCCUGCACGUCUCCACCAAUCUGAAGCUGGUCUGCGCCUACACACUGGGUCUUCUCACCAUGGUGUUUCUACGGUAACCGGUGACAUCGUGCUGCUGCCUCCUCUUCUGUCUGAGUGAUGGCGCCGUGGCAACCAAGGACCCUGAUGACCUUUGACCUCCAUGCUGUCCAUCAGAUACACACAGACUGUCUCCAUGAAGUCAACACACACACACACACACACACACACACACACACACACACACACACACAUCUGAAUGAGUCAUCAGUGACUGUUCAACAGAGUCAGAUGGAACUUUAUUUAAAACAGGAAACACACACAGUCAACCUGCGGGUCGAGACCCUGACGACGUCUUCAGGUGAUGGUCGUCCUCAGGUGAUGGUCGUCCUCAGGUGGACGUCCUCAGGUGAUGGUCAUCCUCAGGUGGACGUCUUCAGGAUCAGUCACAUGGAAAAAACACAUUUCUGACUUUAAUUUUAAUUGUUUUGCUUCGUUGUUGUAAAAAUACUUUUAUGUUUCCUGCUCAUUAAAUGUUUGUUGCUGA